AUGGAUUCUGAAUUAAUGCACAGUGUAGUUGGAAGCUAUCUUAAACCUCCAGAAAAAGUGUGCGUUCCAUCAUUCACCCAGCAUGAAACAGCAAAGAACUACUGCCAUGUGAAUGUUGACAUUAGUCCUCCUAAAGCACUUCAUGGUCCAAAUAGCCAAGCUCUUAUUUUAGCCCUAAGAACUCUUCAGGACAAGAUUCGUCGUUUAGAGCUUGAGAGAACACAAGCUGAAGAUAAUUUGAACAUACUGACCAGAGAAGCUGCAGAGUAUAAAAAGGCUUUGGAAAAUGAAACAAAUGAGCGAAAUCUGGCACAUCAGGAACUGAUAAAGCAGAAAAAAGAUAUAAGUAUCCAGUUAAGCUCAGCCCAGUCUCGUUGUACUCUUCUGGAGAGGCAGCUAGAGUAUACGAAAAGAAUGGUUCUUAAUGCAGAGCGAGAAAAGACUAUAAUCCUAGAACAACAGGCCCAACUUCAAAAGGAAAAAGAACAAGAUCAUAUGAAGCUACAUGCAAAACUUGAAAAGCUUGAUGUCUUAGAAAAAGAAUGUUUUAGACUUACAGCAACUCAGAAAACUGCUGAGGACAAGAUUAAACUUUUAGAGGAAAAGCUUAAGGAAGAAGAACAUCAUCGUAAGCUAUUUCAGGACAAAGCUUGUGAGCUUCAAACUGGAGUUGAAAUCAAUAGAAUUUUAAUGUCUUCAGUUUCAAAUCUAACACACUUGAGGAAAAAGAAGAAAUAUUCAAAGAAAACUAAAUGUUUAAAGAGUGAACUACCUCAGCAAAGUUAUUCAAAAUUUGGAGCACCAUCUUUUAUGUCUGGGAAGAUGAUGCAAAAUUGUGACCUCCACACUUUUCUGAAGCAUGCUAAAGCAACUGAUCCUCGAUGUCUCCAGAAACAUAGUAAAAUUCCUCAGAGCAGAGCUGCACCUCCUGACCCAGAAAAGUUUAUCCCUAUUUAUGAUAAUUUAUCUGAACUUCUGACAGCAAUGCAAGAUGAGCUGGACCAAAUGAAUAUGGAGCAUCAAGAAUUACUGAAUCAAAUGAAGGAAACUCAAAGCCCUUCAGUCUGUGAAGACAUAGGAAAUGAACUAGAGCAUUUAGUAAAAAAAAUGGAAAUUAAAAGAGAGCAAAUUUCCAAACUGAAAAAGCAUCAAGACAGUGUCCAUAAAUUACAGCAAAAACUUCAAAACCCAAAGAUGAGUGAAGCCUCAGCUAUUCUUCAAGAAGAUAGCAACUCGAAAGGAUCAAAGAACUUAAAAAAUAGCCCUGGAAAGCGUUCACAUGAAACUAGCUCUCUUCAGAAAACCAGCCACUUUCAUCCAAAGCGAGUCCAUAAUCUUCAAAUGAAAUUGAGAAAAGAUGAUAUCAUGUGGGAACAGUAA